GUUGUCUUGUUCCUGUCUUAUGUAUUGGAUUGACGAUUGUAUCAUUCCAGUCCGUGGUAGCAAAUGGAGUGACAACGUAUGGUAUAAUUGACCUUAGAAUUCUAACAUGUGGUCCAUCUGGUCUUGUUGAGCUUUCUGUGUAUAAGGUGCUCAGGGCCUUUAGUACUCCGUCCAGAUCAAAAUUCACAAUACCAUUGAAAUACACAAUGAACAAUGCAAAUCCUCUUCAAAGUGAACUAAGUUUGCCGACAACAGGAAGAUUUGAGUGGAUCGAUGAUAAAAAUGAACUUGUGUUCAUCAAAUUUACUGAUCAAAAAUCACAAAAGUCUAUUUAUUCACAAAAAAAUCUUUACAAAAAGAGUCAUAUGAAAAUUGCUGAUGAAAUUCGUACAAUAACUAUAAAGGAUAUAAAAUCUGCUGCUUUGACAAGACUAAAAGCUUCAGGAAAGCAUUUCCAAUAUUCCCAACACUUUGCUAAAAUGAUCAAAUCCCCGGAAUGUGACAAACUAUUGAUAAGUUUGGCAAAAUAUUUAGAAUGUUAUUUUAAGAUAUUGAAAUUUGAAGAAAAAUUUGCCGAUGAAAAAUUAUUACCCAAUGUAAACCAGUUAAAGGAACAAGAAGAAUUACAUAAACGAAUAGAUAUAUUAAAAUAUGAUUUUUCACUUGCGUACGCUAAAUUUCUACUACUUGAACGAAGUCUAAUGCAUAAUAUAUGCCCUAGACCAAUUGAUCCAGUUGCAACUGCAAAAACAGAUCAAAAUUUAUAUGAAACAUUCUUUUGGUUUUUUGUAUUUUGUAUGUGGAUAACAUUUCUACGAACAAGAUUUAAAGAAAUCUGUACUCAAAUUGGAUGGUUUACAAGAUCAGAAAUGUUCAAUUCUCUUGGGCGACAAGGAGCUUCCUAUUUCGGUCAAAAAGGCGAACUCGAUAGUAAGAAUAUCAAGAUAUAUCAGACACAACUACCCCGAGCAUCAAUGCUAAAUAAGUGCUCACCAGCCUUAAGGCUUAUAUUACCUGGUGCGGAAGAAAACAUAGCUAAGAUUAACCUGAACAAAAGUGAAGAUAAGCAAAGAAAGUUACAUAUGACUGAGACUAAUGUACAUGAAGAAAAUGAAAAAAUAGGUAUUCUUGGAGACUAUCGACAUUUAUAUGACGAUCAACUUAUACUAAAUAAACAAACUGCUGACAGAGACCAAGAAAAGCACGAAGAUGACAACGAGAAUAACGAUGAAGAAGACCAAGAGAAAGAUGACAAGAAAAGUGUAUAAAUUGGAGUACAUGUAACUUAACUGGUGGAGUUUAAAAAGGUUGGGGAGGGUCGAUAAUUCCUAUUUCUGGAUCUAACUAACAGUUAUUAGUCUAUAAAUAAACACAGAGUUGUAGAAAUAUUAUAUAUGUUUUCAAAA